CAGCUGCGCUGCCAUGUCCACAUUGCCCUCGACAGCCAGCAAUGGGCUGCGUCUGCCUCUGCAACUGGUUGUUGCCACGUAGCCAAGAGGUCCUGCUCCGGCAUAAAAGUGAGAUUCAAAAGACUCUUCUAAGAUGUCUUACAGAAAAGAGCUAGAAAAAUACCGAGACCUGGAUGAAGACAAGAUCCUCGGAGCUCUGACAGAGGAGGAGCUCAGGAAGUUAGAGAAUGAACUGGAAGAGCUGGAUCCUGAUAAUGCGCUGCUGCCAGCAGGGCUCAGGCAGCGGGAUCAGACGCAAAAGCCACCAACUGGUCCGUUCAAAAGGGAGGAGCUCAUGGCCCACCUAGAAAAGCAGGCGAAGGAUGUUAAAGACAGAGAAGACUUGGUUCCUUUCACGGGUGAAAAGAGAGGAAAGGCUUGGAUCCCCAAGCAGAAGCCGAUGGAUCCUGUUUUGGAAAGUGUGACUCUGGAGCCGGAACUGGAGGAAGCCCUUGCCAACGCCUCCGAUGCAGAGCUCUGUGACAUUGCUGCCAUCCUUGGCAUGCACACCUUGAUGAGUAACCAGCAGUACUACGAGGCACUGGGGAGCAGCACCAUCGUGAACAAAGAAGGGCUCAACAGUGUGAUUAAGCCCACACAGUACAAACCAGUUCCUGAUGAGGAGCCAAACUCAACGGAUGUUGAGGAAACACUGAAGCGAAUACAAAGCAAUGAUCCCGACCUUGAGGAAGUUAACCUUAACAACAUUAUGAAUAUUCCCAUACCAACUUUAAAAGCUUUUGCAGAGGCAUUGAAAAAUAACACCUAUGUGAAAAAGUUCAGCAUAGUUGGGACCCGGAGCAAUGAUCCUGUUGCUUUUGCACUGGCAGAGAUGCUGAAGGUCAACAACACACUGAAGAGCCUGAAUGUGGAAUCAAACUUCAUUUCUGGAACAGGAAUCCUGGCUGUUGUGGAAGCACUCCAGGGCAACACAUCACUCGUGGAGCUGCGCAUCGACAACCAGAGCCAGCCCUUGGGCAACCAGGUAGAAAUGGAAAUUGCAGACAUGUUGGAAAAAAACACCUCCCUGCUGAAGUUCGGGUACCAUUUCACACAGCAAGGCCCCCGGCUCCGUGCCUCCAAUGCCACGAUGAACAACAAUGACCUAGUGAGGAAGAGGAGACUUGCAGAGUUGAAUGGGCCUAUUUUUCCCAAGUGCAGAACUGGAGUCUAGUCCCUGGCCAUGGAGGUCGUUCCCGGUGGUCUGUGCUACACUGUGGAAAUCUAAAGGCAAUAAGUGCCUUGACAGAGUAUUUGUGGUGCCUCGGUUCUGGUUUAUGCACUAACAGUUUAAAUUAACUCGUGGCUGUAGUUGAAGAUUUUAUGCAGUAGGACUGUUCAUGUUUUUCUGUAGAGCUGGAAACUAUUCAAGACAAAUUUAUGCAAUCUCAGUUUAGAGUAUGUCCCAGUGUGAAAAUGACUCUUUAUUAACCUGGGACCUAAUUUUUCUGUAAACUUCCCGCACGGUGUUUGAUACAGUUAGGAUGUGGUAUGCAUGAGUGAUACAACUGUUCCACACAAAUUAUACAAGUAUUAAAAAAAUACUUUAUUUUUUUUCCCCAAAUUGAUCUCAAGUAGCUACAGAGAAGCAACCACUUUAACAAGUACUUCUACUAUCUGAAGAUAUGGCUAAUUUCAAGAACUGUGAAUUACAAUUUUCUACUGACAUUUUUGCUGAGUCAGUAACUUAGAUAUGCUUUUUCAAUGCAUCCCUGUGUCUCUUAGAAUAAAAAAAAAUUAUCUCCACCCCCUGAUUAAAUGGAAUUUAAGGCCACCAAUUAUGAGACAGUUUCAAAAAUUGAGCAGUUCAGGAUGGGUUAAUAUCAUCUUAUCCCACGCAUUUCUGAAGAGAACAGUCACCUCCAGAGGCAAAUCCUAACCGUGCAGAGGUGGCCUAACUAAUCAGUAAACCAGAGACCUCUCUUCUAGUCCCCCCACACCCUUCAGCUUCCUAGCGUUUCCAGAUAUUCACUGGGAACACACCAGAUUAUCUGUCUUCACUGUUUUGGCUAGAUGACCAUGUCCACUAAUUCCAAUCUUUUUUCUGCUAAGGGCUUGUGUCUUUUAGUGCCACCCCUAAAAUGUCUGCAUAAAUACAACACUCAAAGUUGUGCCCUAGAAAAGCUGUUAAGUAAAAUACCCCAGCCCUGAACUUUCACCUCACACAGGCUCACAUCAUUCUGUCAGGCAGUCAACUGCCCAUGUCUAGCCCGAGAGGUAUUCCCCACAGGCUGGGUAGCUUCCAGACACAAAGUGGACUGGGACCCAGCACUAUCCCAUCCAAAACUCCUGCUAGGAGCGUGGGUGGGAGCCUGUGGGGGCGGGGAUCCUGCUCGGUAGGAAGUCUCCUGGCAGAAGCAUUGCUGUGCUAAAGCUUCAUUCUUUGUCUGACCUAGAAAAUGUCCUCACUUGCAAGGAAUCUCUCUGCAUGUGUCUGCUAAGGGUCAAGUUUUGCAGUCUUUUACUUGUUUUCCAGAAGCCCCACAGAUUUGCUCAGAGCUUGUGUGCAAAUGCCACCCACAAUUUAGCUCUGACCAACAAGGCAGACAAACAGUAUACAUUCAGCAGUGUGGGGGACAUAUUUGUUGCUCUUUAAAUCUUAAUAAAUGUCCCAG